AUGUGCUUUGGACGCAAACCUUCGACGGCUGACCCCAACGCUCGGAAAAAUGCCGAAAUCGAAAAAACCCUCCGCAACGACAAGAAGCGCGCCGAGCGCGAGGUGAAGCUGCUGCUGCUGGGUGCCGGCGAGAGUGGCAAGUCGACGGUUCUCAAGCAGAUGCGCAUCAUCAAUGCCGGCGGGUUCCAGAGCCUUGAGCGCAAGACAUGGCGAGCCACCAUUUUCAACAACCUCGUCUCCGCCUUCCAGACCAUCUUCCAGGCCAUGCAAGAAGACGACACCGACUUUGAGGACGAAGACAACAUUCGCUACUCGGAAAUGGUCAACACUGCCCCCGACAUCGGCACCGAAGAGCCCAUGCCCGACGAGUUUCUCACGGCCUUCAAUUGCCUGUGGGCCGACAAGGGCGUCCAGCUCACAAUCCUCAAGGGCAACCAGUAUGCGCUGCACGACAACUUGAACUACUUCUUCCAGGACAUCGACCGCCUGUUCCACAAGGACUUCCUCCCCACCGACCAAGACAUCCUGCGCACGCGCCUACGCACCACGGGCAUCUCGGAGACCAUCUUCGAACUCGGCAACCUCACAUACAAGAUGGUCGACGUCGGCGGACAACGGUCAGAGCGCAAAAAGUGGAUCCACGUCUUCGACAAUGUCCAGGUUGUGCUGUUCCUCGUUGCCAUUAGUGGUUACGACCAUGUGCUGGUAGAAGACCGGAACGGGAACCAAAUGCACGAGGCCCUCAUGCUCUUCGAAUCCAUAUCCAACUCGAGAUACUUUGAGAAGACUGCGCUUAUCCUCUUCCUUAACAAGAUUGACCUGUUUGCCGAGAAGAUUGCCGGUGGCAUGAGCCCAAUCAACAAGACGUUCCCCGACUACACGGGCGGCGCUACCGAUUUUGAUGCCGGCAAGGAGUUUUUCGCCAACAAGUUCCGCAACCUUGUCCGUCAGCCCAAGAAGGAAGUCUACGUUCACUACACAAACGCGACCGACACCAACCUGCUCAAGAUCACCAUGGCAUCCGUUCAGGACAUGAUUGUCCAACGCAACCUUAACGCCCUCAUACUGUAA